AUGAGUAGUUCACUAAAUGAAAAAGUAGAUAACGAACAGAAUGCGACAGAGAGUAAUAUAGGCACUUCAACAACCAAUACCAAUAAUAACAAUAACAACAAUAUAGAGAGUAAAGAAGAUAAAGAUAAACAAAUGGAACAACAACAACAACAACAACAACAGCAACAAAAAGAACCAACACCAUCUGAACCAGCAAAAGCUGAGUUAUGUAAAAAUAAUUGUGGAUUCUAUGGUAAUCCAAAAACAAGAGGACUUUGUUCAACAUGUUAUAAUAAAGAAUUGAAAAAUGAACUACAACAACAACCUCCACACAUUUCGAUUGCAUCGGCAAUGGCAACUUCACCGGACAAACCAAAAGCAGGAACAAAAAGAUCAAUUUAUGAAGCAACUUAUUUUGACCAACAAUUGAAUAGUAGUAAUAAUAAUAAUAAUAUAGUAACUAAUACAACAACAACAACAACAACAACAGCUACAACAACUACAACAAACGAAAUACCACUUUCAUCUUCACCAGCUUCAUCAUCUUUUUCCUCUUCAUCUUUAACACCAACCAAACAGAUUCCACAGAUUUCCACAAAAGAUUCUUCUCUAGGCAGUGGAAAUAGCAGCAACAGUAGUGGUGGUGGUAGUCCGAGUAGUAGUGGCAGUAGCAACGUUUUAUUAACACCAACUAAAUCAGCACCGAUUCCGAUUGGCGGUGCCAGUCCAUCAUCACCGCAGACACUCAACAAUUCGCCGUCCGUGUCUUCACCAGUUGGAUCACCCUCUGGCAAAGAAUCGGCCAAGUGUGCUUAUGAUAACUGUGGAAAACGAUUACCGGGUAUAAUGAGCGAAUCAAAUCGAUGUAGAUGCGGUGGCACCUACUGUGGUAAACAUAUGCACAACCAUGAAUGUCAAUUCGACUACAAAUCCAUGGCGAAAACGACGAUUGCAAAAGCGAAUCCACAGAUCAUGGCAAACAAAAUUGUUAAACUUUGA